GUUUGCUUGUAGAGUGCCGGAAGUUAUGUGUCUAUGCGAAAUCAGCUGUCAGUUGUGUGAGCAUUGUUGUUUCAGCUGAUCCGCUGUGUUUUUAUUUAACUUUUAGUGUUUUGUUCAUAUUGUUAAACAUAUGAGUGUUUCAUUAGUAGUUAUCCGGCUGGAGCUUGCGGACAACUCUCCUCUUCCCGAAGGUUUCCAGUAUAGCGCUACCGAAAUGUCAGAUGGGGAGUUUAAUGAGAAGUCCUUGGGCACAGCCAAAGCUUCUUUGGGCCAAAAAACACUUGAGGAAAAAUGCACAAUAUUAAAUCAGCAUAUUGGUCGCAGGGAAAUGAAUGAUAUGAUUAUCGAGACCAUUGACUCUAGUCAAGGUAAAAAUUAUGGUGAUGCUGCACCGUGUCAACAAGAUAUGGGAGGUACAUCUGAAUUUCAAGAAAUGUCGAGCACACCUGAAAGGACUCUAAGUGACAAGUUCAGUAAGGAUACUAACACAUUGGAGUCUCCAUCCAAGCAGUUACCUGAGCAGAUUACCUUCUUUAGUGGUAAUCCAUCUGUUGAAAUAGUCCAUGGAAUGAUGCACUUGUACAAAACAAAUAAGAUGACCUCAUUAUCUGAAGAUGUUAGACGCAGUGCCAUGUUAUGCAUCCUCACAGUACCAGCUACCAUGACCAGCCAUGACCUGAUGAAGUUUGUGGCACCAUUUAAUGAUGUAAUUGAACACAUGAAAAUCAUUAGAGACUCCACCCCAAAUCAGUAUAUGGUACUGAUUAAGUUCAGCUCUCAGGCUGAUGCAGAUAGUUUUUAUAUGGCUUGCAAUGGUCGUCAAUUCAACUCCAUAGAGGAACCUGUCUGCCAGCUAGUAUAUGUAGAACGGGCAGAAGUCAUAAAGUCUGAUGAUGGUGCCAGCCUACCAGUGAUGGAUCUUACAGAGCUUCCAAAAUGCACAGUUUGCUUGGAAAGAAUGGAUGAAUCAGUAAAUGGAGUCCUUACAACACUUUGUAAUCACAGUUUUCACAGUCAGUGUCUGCAGCUCUGGGAAGAUACAACGUGUCCUGUAUGCAGGUACUGCCAAACGCCUGAACCUGUUGAGGAAAAUAAGUGCUUUGAAUGUGGAGUUCAAGAAAAUCUAUGGAUUUGUUUGAUAUGUGGACAUAUUGGAUGCGGUCGCUAUGUCAGUCGACAUGCGUACAAGCACUUUGAAGAAACACAACACACAUAUGCAAUGCAGUUGACUAAUCACAGAGUGUGGGACUAUGCAGGAGAUAAUUAUGUCCAUCGUUUAGUCGCAAGUAAAACAGAUGGAAAGAUUGUACAGUACGAGUGUGAAGGAGAUACUUGUCAAGAAGAAAAGAUAGAUUCAUUACAGUUAGAGUACUCGUAUCUUCUGACAAGUCAGCUAGAAUCGCAGCGAGUCUACUGGGAGAACAAGAUAGUUUGCCUAGAAAAGGCUGCAGGGGAAGAAAUCAACAACAUGAAAACAAAAUUUAAAGAAACGAUUGAGAAGUGUGACAGCCUGGAGCUGAAAUUAAAUGAACUACUGAAAGAAAAACAGGCUUUAGACAGAAAAUGUGCCCAGCUGAAUGCAAAGGUUUUGAAACUCACUGGUGAAUUGAAAGAGGAACAAGAGAUGAACAAGUGCCUUCGAUCAAAUCAGGUACAGCUUCAAAACCAACUAAAAGAGGAAGAAAAGUUUUUCAGAGAGAAAAGUGAGCAGAAAGAUCUACAAAUCACAGAACUUCAAGAGCAACUACGUGAUAUCAUGUUCUACCUAGAAGCACAACAGAAAAUCAACCAGAUGCCUGCAGACACAAGGCAGGAAAUUCAGGAAGGCCAGAUCAAUAUUGCAUCUUCUGCCAAUUCACCACCUUCUGGAAGUUCAGGGAAACUGUCCUCUAGAAAAGGACGAGGCAAAAGAGGAAAGUAAAUGUGUUGCAUACCAUUGUUUUCUUGAGCCAUUGAUGUGACUUAUAUGCCAUGAAGACUAAAACCAUGGAUGUAUUCCAUUGGCUUAAUUUGACAAACAGAAUAUACUAAAUGAAAUAUUUCACUAAAAUGUAACUCUAUGCCAAAUGUCUUUUUUAUUUAUUUUAAUUAUUUUUAGCUUUUUCAGAUGGACUCUUAAGAUGGACUUUUUGUUGAGAAACUUCAAGCUGCUUUCUUUUGUAAAAAUCUUCUAAACAUAGUCAGAAUUAAGAAGUUUUAUUUAUAGGAUGAAUGUGCCCUUUUAGAAAGGUGUUGUAAAAUAUAGCUUUAAAUUUUUGUUUACAGAAGAAUAAGAAACCUAUAAAACCUAUUUGUUCUUUUAUAGCACUUUAAUUUUAGUAUAUAUAUGCUUUCACUGAACUCAUGAAAAAUGAGAAAAUAAUAAAAAAAAUAGUUUCCUUA